AUGUCUGACACAUCUUUCAAUAUCCCAACAACACCAGGAAAAUAUCCACCCAAUGAAUCAUUUGAUUAUGGCUUCGGAGAGUUUGAACCUGAACGUACUUCUACUCCAAUCGACGAAUCCCAUUCCGAAAAUCAUGCUGAUAUAGAGAUUAAUCAUACUGCGGAGGAAGUUCAUGAUGUUGGUGGUGUUGAGAAAGAGAGAAUUGAUGAAAAUGAAGAGGUACAAAUUGAUGAUGAUAGAAAAGAAGAGGUGACCGACGAGGAGAAAGAAGAAGACGUUGCUGACAAGACGGAGAAAGAUGGAGAUAGGAAAAGUGCUAAGAAAAGACGGGGUGAAAAUGACAGGGGAGCAGUUGUCAAGAGAUCGAAAACAAUCGCUGAGGCUCUCGAUGCUGUUGAAAAGCAGAAGGAAGCUGAAUCAGAAGAGUUCCUACAACUCUUAGAUUUUGGAGAACAAGCAGAAGCAGAAACAGUUAACAGGAAAAUUUCUCUUCAUCAUUUUCUUAAAAUGGAACUGCAAGGCCAACUGCUCAGACAGGUGUCACAACAGAAGAUUACCGAUAUGGCUUCGAAGAUUUACUCAUCGAUUGGUGGUGUGAAGGCGUUGUUCGACAUUGAUCUUAUCAAUUCGAGACCACAUGUGCUGGUCAGUGCUGACGGUGAUGACGAACAUCCAGUACAAGGCGUGAAAAGCGAUGGCAAUCAUCGCGCCAUCGCCGUUCUCACUUGCAGUGAGCAUUUACUGAAACAAGCCGAUAUCGAUGUCGACAAUGUGUUCGUCAAGAUAAAUCCGUCCAACUUCGCGAAUUUGUUCCAAUUGAGUCGCAGCCUAAAACCGGAUGGCUAA